AUGGCCAACCAUAUGAUCGGUAACCGCAACAGUACUCCGGAGGCCGCUCCGAAUGCCUCCCUGCGACCUCCCUCGUCAGCCCGCAAUCUCGGAUCUCACCAGCUGCGGGCUUCCGCUGACAUGUCUGGGUUCCCCUCGCCGUUGUCCUCUCGCAGCAUGCGUCCGGCCUCGGAAGUGUUCUUCAACCAGCAGACUCAAGGGCAGACUCCAGCCGAGGAAGCUUUGGACCGUGCUGCUCAGCAGUGGCUGGCGGAUAUCGACCAAUAUGAGACCACUUUGGAAGAGAUGGCCGCCGCCACCCUUGACCAAGAUUUCAAGGACGAACUCAGUGCCAUCGAGCAAUGGUUCCGCGUCUUGAGUGAGGCGGAGCGGACGGCGGCUCUAUACGCGUUGCUGCAACAGACAACUCAGGUGCAGAUCCGAUUCUUCAUCCAGGUGCUCCAACAAAUGUCUCAAAGCCAUCCCAUGUCUGGUCUUCUGUCCCCAGCCAACUUUGGUGAAAAAGAUGCCAUGUCUAGCCGCUUGAGCGAUGCCAUGUCGAAACUCAAUAUCGACAACACCUCACGGAAUUCCAUGGGCCGGCCCCCACCUUCUCCUGGCGCGAAGCGCAACUCCGGCCUGGAUUCCAGUACUAUCAACGCCAUGUUCCCCGACGCUGCGGCGGCUAUCGCCAAGAAGAAGGCCGAGUUUACGCAGCAGACCGGAAACGCGCCCCCAUCAAACCGGAACAGUGCUGUUUACGGAGACCGGACUUCGUUCGUUGCUCCCACCAUUUCCGCCCCGGACAACAGUUCGGACAGCCUGGGGCAAGCCCCCGCCUCGCCGUGGGCUCAACGUGGCGGAAUCUCAGAUGCUCAGCCUCCCAUUGCGCGCCCCAAGUCGUCUUCGGGACAACAGCCCAUGGGUCAAUUCAGCCAGUCGGGCAUGCGUUCUCCUAUGCCCCAGACGGCCAAUGUGCCGGCGCCAGAGAUCGAACCUCCCUUGCUUUCGCCAUACAACGUCGGCAACCACAGCUGGGCAUCGAUGACCAACACUCCCAUGACAGCCACCUUUGGGCAUCAGGUCAAUGGGCCUAACAGCCAAGCUGAUAUGGUUGCCAACGCCACCGCGAUGAAGCUUGCUGCCUUGUCCACUGUCAACAACCGGAUCGCACUGGACGAUGCUCGGAAGUACCGCCGAGCUCGUUCCAACGAUGGACAGGGUAAAAACGCGGUCAACAAUCCAACCAUUGCCCAGAGCUUGCACAGCCCUGGGCUGCACGGCUCGAUGGCCAGUCAGCUGUUGAAUGCUCAGCAGCUGGCGGCUCUACAGGCCCAACAGCAAGCUGCGAUGGCGGGGCGACGAUCGCGACCCACGUCUCCCGGUGUGGCCAUGCAGGUGGGUGGUGGUCUCGGAGCGAUGAACUUCACUUCUCCUCAGAACAAUGGCUUCCUCGCGGCCUAUGACCCCAACAACCCCUUGAUGGGCAACGCAUUGGGCUCCCUGGGCAUGGGUCAGUUCGGACUUGGUGGUGAAGGCUAUCUUUCCGACCACUCCGAAGUCACCCGUGGGCGAUCACCGCGGGGUCGUCGUGGUAGCUCCAAGCCCCCAGAGGAUCCCACCGAUCCCGCUCUUUUGAAGGAUAUCCCCAGCUGGCUGCGAUCCCUUCGGCUACACAAGUACACGGACAACCUGAAGGACCUGAAGUGGACUGAGCUAGUCGAACUUGACGACAAGGCCCUGGAGGAGCGUGGCGUCAACGCACUGGGUGCGCGAAACAAGAUGCUCAAGGUCUUUGAUCAGGUCCGUGAGGCUCGUGCAGAUGGCAAGCUCGACAAUCUUUCAUGA